CUGAGCAGACGCGCGAGCCUGAGGUCACUCUCGUACCAGGUCACCGUUAUUCAUCUGCUGGCCAGUCUCCUUUACGCCACGGUACCAUAACCCAAGGGAUUCUGAAGGUUAUGCCAGCCCGAACAGCAUUCCACGUUACCCUAUUGGGCGUCGCGGCGUAUAUGACCCAUCGCUCGAGCAUGGCGCCGACACCGCCGCCGAAGGACGACAAAGUGAGGAAGAAUGUCAAGCCUACGGAGCGGAUAUUUGGCAGGGUUGCGAGGAGGAUGGGGGACGCAGUCAAGUACAUGACGUGGGCGAGUGCCGGGUGCACCACCGCCGUGCUCAUCGCGCGCGAGUAUCCAGGCGAGUUCAGCAAGUCUCUCCUCCGAAAGCUCGUCGGAAGCGGUGCAGCUGUACUAACACAUCCCACGUCCGUCUUCCUCGCAUUGAUCAUCUUCGGUGCGGCGGUCCGUGUCGCAUGCUUCCGUACACUGGACAGGUUCUUCACGUGCGAGGUGACGGUGAAAGAAGGCCACCAGUUGUGCACGCGCGGGCUGGACUCUGUUGUGCGUCACCCGAGCUACACCGGGUGGUGCGUGCAGACCGUGGGCGUCGCGCUUUGGAACUGGUGUGCAGGCUCGUGGGCGAGGGACUCGGAAGCGGGGUGGUUGGACAAGCGGGCAGGUAUGGUCGCAGCGCGCGUCUUCGUGGGAGGUCAGACGCCAGGCUGAGUAUGAUCAUGCGAUGCGGUCAGGAGGAUACCUUGCCAGGGAGAUGCGACUGCGCAUGCACAAGGCCUUUGGGGACACACGAGGCG